GGAAGCUAUUUUUGCAUUCGAGGUCAUGACGUCGUCGAAGUCCUCAAAUAACCUGUGCGAGGCCAGCGAUAUUAUUGGCGAUGUGGACGAAACGCUCUCUAUGCUGAGCGUUAAUCGCAUGUAUUUGCGCAUAUGGAUACAGAAGGCGUUGGCUUACUAUAACCUGCAGCAGUACGAGAACUUUGUAAGAGUGCUGGAGCAUGCGAUUUCGCGCUGCAACAAGAGUUAUCCUGGCUACCAGGAGGACCUCAUACGCACGUAUAGCCUACUGGCCGCUUACUACACGCGCCUCGCCUACCAUGAGGUUUCCAAUCGACGCGCCGUUCUGCAGGCCAAGGCAACCAAUCUAUUUAACGUAGUUGAUGACAUGCGGUCGACUGACCGGCAUCAUCUGGUUAGUCAUGGCUUCGCAUUGCUUCUGACAGCCGGACGGGCUCAGGAGGCGGACAACAUCUUUAUUGGGGUACUUCAGCAAUGUGCCUACAAUGUGCCCUCGCUGAUUGGCCGCGCCUGCGUGGCCUUCAACCGUCGGGACUAUCGUGCCGCCUUGGGUUACUUCAAGAGCGUGUUGCGCUUCCAGCCCCGAGGUCCUGGCGAUGUGCGCGUCGGAAUGGCCCAUUGCUUUCUGCGAUUGCACGAUGUGCAGCGUGCCCGUCGCUGCUUUGAGCUGGCCCUGGAGUACAAUAGCCGAUGUGCCAACGCUCUGUUGGGACUCGCGCUGCUGAAGCUCAAUGAGGGAACCGUUGAGUCCAAUCGCGAGGGCAUAAGCAUGUUGAGUGUCGCCUAUGAGCUUAACACACGGAACCCACAAGUGCUCGUUCAUCUGGCCCAUCAUUUCUUCUACACGCGGAACUUCGAAAAGCUGCGGAUCCUGGCGGGCAACGCAUUCCAGAACAGCGACAACAAGGAGAUCCAGACGCGUGCCUCCUUCCAGAUCGCGCGCAGCUAUCAUGCUGAGGGCAAUUAUGAUCAGGCCUUUGAAUUUUACUUGCAAGCUGUCAGGAUAGCUUCGCCCACUUUCGUGCUCCCACAACUGGGUCUGGCCCAAAUGUAUUUGCAUCGCAAGCAGCUCGACAAGGCCGAACCGUGUCUCCAAGCUGUGCUGAAGGUCCUGCCAAAUUACUUGCUAGCCAUGCGCAUCCUGGGCACACUGUAUCGCAAUGACAAGGCGCGGUCCAAGCUGGACACGGCCAUUGAUUUAUUUAAGCAGGUGGUACUGUGCUCAGACGACGACUACGAAAGCUGGUUGAGUCUGGCCUUCCUCUAUGAGCGUAAGGCCCUUUGGGAGCCAGCGUUGCAUGCCUUUGAGCAGGCCAAGCGGGUGUACGAGACGCGGCCCGGCGACCCUUCUGUUAUGCCCGUGGAGUGGCUGAACAACAUGGCAGCAUUGCACAUGUACGACGAUCACGCAGAACGUGCUAUCCCCCUAUUGGAUGAGGCCUUGGCACGUGCUGGUCCCGAAUCGAAUGCGCUAACGAUUCGAUUCAAUUUGGCGCGUGCCCAGGAACAGCUCCGUAACUUUGAACUAGCCGAGAAGAGCUACAAGGAUCUCAUUGUCGAAUAUCCUACCUAUAUUGACAGCUAUCUGCGGCUUGGUGUCAUGGCUUACAGCCAGAACCAACUAGUGACCGCCACCGAAUACUUCAAGGACGCACUCAAGGUGGACGAAGCGAAUCUGGCAGCGAGAACUUAUCUGGGCAAUCAUUAUGUGAAACAGGGUCAUGUGGCGCUGGGCAUGCACAACUACAAUGCGAUACUGCGCCAUUCGCAUAGUGUUACCGAUUCUUAUACGCUGAUUGCAGUCGGGAACGUCUGUCUACACAAUAUACAGAAGGCGGAGGCCAGCGGAGACCAGAUGGUGGCUAAGCGAAAUCAGGAAAAAUCUCUGGAGUUCUUUAAAAGGGCCUUCGAGAAGAAUCCGUGCAAUAUAUGGGCGGCCAAUGGCAUUGGCGCUGCUUUAAGUAGUCGCGGGAUGCUCACCGAGGGUGGAACUAUUUUUAAACAAGUUGUCGAAAGCUCUAAUCUUUGCACGGAUGCCGCCGUAAACCUGGCGCAUGUGGCUCUCCAGCUCGGGCAGUAUCCACAGGCUUGCCAAACCUACAGGCACUGUCUGGAGCACUUGGGGCUGGCCAAUAACGUUAAGCUGCUUCAACAUCUGGCAUAUACGCUAUUACAUGGCAAGCGCUACAAUGAGGCCAAGAUGGCACUGCUGCGAGCCCGUCAUUUGGCGCCCUUCGAUGAAGGAAUUCUCUUCAACUUGGGGCUGGUCAUCUCACUAGAGAGCGUGGCUAUUUUUGGAAAGAAGCGGCCACUGCUCGAGGAACUGGAGAGUGCCGAGCAUCAAGUGGAGGUGGCGCAGCGAUUCUUUGAGUAUGUGGUCGCUAUCAAGGGCAGUCAAGGACUUAUGGGCCGUUUGGCCGCAGUCCAGGCAAAGAACUGUAGACAACUGUUGGAGGCUGUGCCAGCACAUCUGAGUCGAGUACGGGAUCUUCUACAAUUGGAUGUCAUACGUUUGCAGGAGCAGGAGCAACGAUAUCGUGAACAGCAGGAGCAGGAGGAGGAAGCCGACCGGCAACGACAACUGGAAGAGAAGAAACUGCGCGAAAAGCAGUAUAUUUUGCGCCAGGAAAUGUUGGAACGCACCAAAGCUAUAAUUAACUUUGUGGUUCCACCACCGGAGAAAAAGAAAAAGGGCCGCAGAAAGGGGGACACUGAUGAAAUGGAGGAGGAAGGGAAUGAGGACGAUGCUGCUGGAGAAGUAGGUGGAAAGCGUCCACGAAAGAGAGGCAGGGGCCGCAAGAAGAAGCUGGACGACAGGCCCAGUAUUGAAGUAGAUGGCUAUGAGGCGGCCAAUUGGAAAUCACCUCAGCCCAAGCCACGCAAAAGGAGGGCCAAAAAAAUGCGAUUCGAGAAUUUAUUUGAAGAGCCAGACGAUGAACAACCCACUAAACAGAAAGACAUUUCUGUGGAGCAGCAAAAAUCGAAAUCAACUGGUAAGGACGAAUUUGAAAUGAAUAUCGAAGAGCCUACAGAUGACAGUGACUAUUAGAUUGAAAGCUUCAGUCCGACCUUGCUGAGCAUAAAUCAAUAAAAUUAUUAUCAGAGUUUCUGUUUUUUAUACGUAUACCUAAAUAUGAUGAUAGUUCCUGUUUGCA